CUCAGAGUAGCAACAACCAAAUCCCAUUAUUUCACACUUUCCAUUCAUCCCCCACCCCCCUCCAAAUUUGCACAUCAUUUAUGGCAAUUGGCCAAUGUUGUACGUAAAGGCAACAAUGACUAAUCUUCUAGUACAAAUGGUCUUGCUCAAAAAAAUAAGAAUUUGUCUAUUAUGUAAAUAAUUUCUUUGUAAGAACGAACUGAUAUCAUCUAUUAUUAAGGGUUGAACUUAACGAACAAAGUGUUUUUAUUGGUUGAUUAAUGGACACCGGCUAAUACGCAGAGAGUUGACACCAUACCUAGAGUUAGGAUCGAGCUUGAGCAUAGUAACCUGCCCCACGAAGACUGAUCAAUUUCAUUUCCAUGAAUCGGCACCGGAGACCAAUGGACAUAUGACACCUCAGCAAUCCCAGUCUCCACUUCAGAAAGGACAGCAAGAACCACAGAGCCACCAGUUUAAGCACCGAGAGUUGCAAAUACAACAAAAAUAGUCAAUAGGAACCCUUUCAAAAAGAUCGUUUUUUCUGCGCUCAAAUCCAAUGCUGCAAAGCCCAAAUCUCUCGUCGCCUUUUAAUUAUAGGAACCCCAUUGUUUCUCCACCACCAGAAUUAUGCAGGGCAUAACAGCAUCCGCUGCGUCUCUUUCAAUAAACCCAUCGCUUAAACCACGAAAACUUCCAUACAGAAGCCUCUCCAACCAGAGAUUCACUUGCCUUAACCAAUCGAAACCCAUUUCUCCUCGGCCGUUUCCAUGCCGGAAAUGGCUGUUCCUCGCGCCAGUCUCUCUCCCUGGAAAUGGCGGGUUCCCGGCGGUGGCGGCCAGAGCCGCCGGAGCCCUUUCGGAAAACUCAGGGGAAGACGACAAUGACGGCGAGAAAUUGACUGGGCUGGCUCGCACGUUGAAGCUGGGGGCCAUGUUUGGUGUCUGGUACCUUCUCAACAUCUACUUCAACAUUCUCAACAAGCAGGUUCUGAAGGUGUAUCCAUUUCCUGCAACGGUGACUGCCUUCGAAUUUGGGUGUGGGACUCUCAUGGUUCUCACAAUGUGGGGGUUGAAACUCUACCACGUCCCUAAACUCACCCGAUCUCAGCUUGCAGCAAUCAUCCCAUUGGCUCUGGCACACACAAUGGGGAACCUUCUGACCAAUGUUAGCCUUGGCAAAGUUGCUGUUUCAUUCACCCACACAAUCAAAGCCAUGGAACCAUUCUUCACUGUGCUAUUUGCUGCCAUUUUCCUUGGGGAGAAACCCACAAUUUGGGUAUUCUCUUCACUUCUGCCCAUAGUUGGAGGAGUGGCAUUGGCAUCACUGACUGAAGCUUCCUUCAAUUGGACAGGGUUCUGCAGUGCAAUGGCCUCCAAUGUCACAAACCAGUCAAGGAAUGUACUCAGCAAGAAGCUUAUGGUUCAGAAAGAGGAAACUCUGGACAAUGUCAACCUCUUCUCAGUAAUAACAAUCAUCUCGUUUCUCCUGUUGGUUCCCUCGGCGAUCUACAUCGAAGGGAUCAAGUUCACACCUUCAUAUCUGAAGUCUGCUGCGAAUCAAGGGUUGAAUGUGAAGCAGCUCUGCUUGAGGUCUCUACUUGCUGGCUUCUGCUUCCAUAGCUACCAACAAGUGUCUUACAUGAUACUGGGGAUGGUGAAUCCUGUGAGCCAUGCAGUAGGGAAUUGUUUGAAGAGGGUUGUGGUGAUUGUGUCUUCUAUCUUCUUCUUCCACACUCCAGUCACUCCAAUAAACUCUCUGGGAACUGCAAUGGCGCUGUUAGGAGUGGGUUUGUACUCUAGAGCUAAAAGGAUAAAGCCUAAGCCCAAGGCUGUCUGAAUUGUGUAAAUUUUUUCUUCAAUUUGUUGAUAUAUCAUGAAGUUAAUGAAUGAAAAGAAUGCAUGUGAAACUUUACAGGAAUUAGUUAUGGAAAUGGUUUAUGGUAUAAAAGAAUUACGAAAAA